AGUUGUCCGCCAUCUUAGUUGCGUGUUGUCUUCUCUCUUUCGAAGCGAAAAUUUAAUAAUAAAACGCAUUUAAAGCGAUGCCCAAUUAACCAAAACACAAAAAAGUGCUACAAAAUAUAUUUACCUACAGCUGAGAGAUCGUCUGGAGUUUGCAACUAAAAGAUUUCAAGGCGAAAAUUGCAUUUGAAAGUGGAAUUACAGGGCGAAGAAAAAAUUCCCAGAUCAAAUAAGAAAAGUGAAGCGACGAACCAACAAAAUAACAGGCAAGGCACCAAGCAGCGGCAACAACAGAAACAGACGAGACAGCGGGGACAGACAGAAGAACGAGGAGAGGACAAACAGAAGAGAGCGGCAACGGCUUCACAUUGGACAUGUCAUGUCAGCAAGCGUCCAGAUUUCAUCCAGCCACAACAGCAGCAGCAACAGCAACACUAGCUAGAAACACAGCCACGAAGAGAAUUGCCACAGCAGCAGCGGCAGCAGCUUUAAGCACAGCAGUAGCCGCAACAGCAGCAGCCACGCUGACGCCCGGGGAGAGCGUCGCCGGCAAGACGACGACAGAGGACUCGGAUCCGUAUGCAUUCACAGAGACCGUUUCAGUCGCGCCGCCAAUUCUAUUCAAUGCACAGAAAUCGCGAGCCCGCCUAAGCGAAAACAACAAGAGCAACGGCAACAACAGCAACAACAAUAGGAGGCUAGCAGCAACAGCUGCUGGGGCAAGCAACAGAAAGGCCACUCUUGCGGCACAGCUGAAUGCCACAGCAGCAGCCGUAGCAGCAGCAGCAGCAACAGCAACAGCAAAGGCGCAGGCGUCUUUGGCAACAACAACAGCAGCAACAGCAACAACGAAUUUUAAUAAUGUCACGCAAUCUCAGAGACAGCAGCCAGCAUUGUCGCCGUCACAGUUGCCGCUGCAAGCGCAAGCGUCACCGAAGCGGGCUACCAACGUCUGCAUCGUUCGGCCGCAGCAACAGCAGCAGGAGAAACUAGCAGCAGAGGCAUGCCAGCAGCCGCCAACGCCGCCGCCGCCACUGUACUCCCACACGCCCUCGCUGUGGCAGACGCCGCUUAUUCUGGACACCAGCCAGAAGCAUCAGCCGCAGCCGCAGCAGCAGCAGCAGCAUUCGUACCAGCAGCAUCAUCAGCUCCAGGCUGUGUCCAUUGCAUUGGUCAGCCCGCCAACAUCGCCCGCCUCGUUACCCUCGCCCACACUGACGCCCACUGCAGCUGUGACCGCCAUGGUGGCACCGAUUGUCUCGCCCAAGGGUGGCCUGCCACUUCCGCCGUCGAAGUUCCAUCACACCACCCUGGCCCAGCACUUGCAGAAGGUGGAGUGCCUCAAGAAGAAAAAGUCCUUGCCUCUGACAUGCCAGAACAACAACAACAACAAUAAUAACAACAAGCAACAUAACCACAUGGUAGAGUCACUGAACAAGACGAUAGGAACAGCCACCUACAACCUGACACAGCCGCCACCACUGACGGUGUUCAAUACGGGAACAGUCCAAGCGGCGGCUCAUAUGCCAGCAGCCGCUCCUCCACAAAAACAGAAACAUUCCACCAGCACCUUGGAUGACAGCGAUCUCAACGAGAUACCCGUCAAUGUUAUCUUUCGCAAGCCGCCAGUUUUGAUGGCCGGCACGGGAGUGGGAGGAGUAGCAACAGCCACAGCAGGACAAGUUCAGCCAAACGGCGUCAAGUUGGUGUUGCCACUGACGCCGCCAACUCCGCCAGAGGUGACCACGCCACCGCUGCUGGCUCAUCGACUGCCGCAGACUGCCGGCGGCAUUCCUGCAUUGGCGCCCAGCUCGAAAGUCUCUUUGCCACCCGCUCCAUCUGCUAUGCACGCUGCCGGCACUCUGCUGGUCGUCUCAGCAGCAGCCGGCCAGGCAAUGUCUCCGGUUCACACACCCACACCCCUCACUCCGCCCGCAACUCCUGCAACAUACAUAAAAACAGAACAAAUGUCUUCCAAAGUUGCCAAUGCUAAUGCUGCCGCCAAUGCAAACGCUGCGCCAAAACGUCAAACGCCAGGAGCUGCUGCUGGCGGCAGAAAAGGCAACAACAAAACCAACAAUGCAGCGAGUGUCGCCAAGAAGAACUUAGCCUCAAAGCCACCUCCGCCACAGGAACCGAAAGUGAUUUCCAAUCCGAAUCCGAUUGCAGACAAUGCUGAACCUGCUGUCCGGCAGCGGCGUCGCAAGGCCGCCUCCAAGCGUUACUCAGCGACGAUCAAUGAGAAUGAGUUGACGGACAAUGCCACGGACUCGCCGUACUGUGUGCAACAGCAUUGGAUGCACUCCACCGGCAGGGAUGUGGUGCUUGACGCUCCCCUCUCGCCCAGCAAUCGCCGCGAGGAACGGAUUGCCGUCCGCAAGGGCAUGCUGAGGCGACAGGCGCUGCAGCUACUGUCCACGCGCUCGCUGCAGGAUUUGCCAGUACGAGCGGCCCGCCAGCGUCUACAGUGCGUCCAGAAUAUGCUGGUCAAAUAUCAGGAUCACGCAGGACAACAGCAGGGCAUUGGGAUUGGUAAUCGCUGUCUUGUGGCCACCUGUGGACUGCCCACGCUCACCAUGGCCGCUCACUGUGAGCGCCACAUUGUGAACAACAGCACACAGCAGCUGUUCCAGCCAUGUGCGGCCUGGCGCAUGGACGGUACAGCCUGCCUGGCGCCUGUCUUCGAUGUUCUGCAUACGCUGCCCCUGUGCACCGUGCACAGCCACCUGCGUGCCGGCCUUGAGAUGGUCAGGCCAACGGCCAAGCUAACUGCCGCGAAUCUGCCCUUGGCAGGAGUGCCACUGGCAGUGGCAACACCAGCUGUCGGCAUGGCAGGCAAGCGCAAACGCAAGGCAAAUCCCAAUCCUGUGAGUCGUCCACAGAAACGGGGCCGGAAGCCGAACGCUGAGCAGCAGAUGAUGAGCCACCAAAUAACCACGCUACCGGUGAUGCCAUCGGCAGUGAUGCAACGAAAGAGCAGCACCACUUCGCUGGAGUCCAUAGCCAGUAAUUCGCAGUGUUCCUCGGCCAACUCUCAUUCCCAGCUGUCCUACACGCCGCCCACAGCCACACCCGCGCCAGUUCCAGUCUCUGUACCACAGCCGCUGCCCGGUUUGCCACACUUGUCCAUACCCCCAGCGCUGGCUCCACUUAGCGGUGACUACCAACCGAAGCCACAGCAGCAGCAGACGCCGCUGUUCAAGUUCGAGGCUGAUCCGCAGGUGCAGCAGCUGGAGAGUGGCCUCAAUCUGCUGGCCAGUGCCAACAUCAAUAUAAAGGCCGAAGAGAUUAGCCAAAUUGUGGCACAGCUGGCGGCGGCAGGUGGGGAUCUGCAGCCGCAAAACCAUCAACUCAACAACAAUAGCAUACACUUUAACAACAACAAUAUGAGUUACACCAACAACAACAAUAGUUUCCCCUCGUUCAACGCGGCCUUUGGCAACGCCAUUGGCCAGCCAACGCACAACGGGCAGCACACGGCUCUGGCUCUGGCCAACACUGCGAGUCUGCUGGGCCAGGACAUGUUCGGCAUAUGCGAGAACAGUUCGGCGUAUGCCAGCUCCGAGGACACGGGACUGGGUGGCCUGAGCGAAUCGGAGCUGAUUGGCGCUAACGAUGCUGAUGACAUAGCAUUGAAUGGCGCCCACUUGCUGGAGGAGCACGAUCUGGUAAAUGUGUUCGACACGCUGCCGGACGAUGCCUUCAACGAGCUAUUUCAAUCCGUGCAACAAGCCGAAUGCGAGGCCAUGGAUCGGGCGCUCGAGAUCGCCGACAAGAACCUCAAGUGUCUGCAACAGACGAUUGUCGGCUCCGAGGACAAUGACCUGCUUAACGAUUUCCUCGAUGAUAUGUUAGCCGACGGUGUGAUUAGCUCAACGAACACGUCCGGCAUCGAUGCCGCCACGCUGUUCGUCGACAGCAGCAGCGGCGGCGGCAACAGCAGCAGCAACAGCGCAAAUAGCAGCUGCACGCCAGCCACCGCCUCCGUGGCGGACAUACGCGGCCUGGUGCAGACCUAAGACGCGGUCCCGGUCGAGGACCAGGUCAAAGGCUAUAGCUGGCACACAACUAGCGUCACUUUCAAGCGAUCUUUCGAGCUAUAAACUGAAACUGCAAUUCUGAGCAGCUUUCGUGAAGAGUUUUCGUGGUGUUUUCGGCAACAUUUCUCACCAGAUUCUGGUUCGGCACACACUUCUAUAUAUAUAUAUAGAUAUAUAUAUGUAUAUGCUGCUUGAAUGUAUGUGCAUCAUCUCCUGCACACAUAUGCAUUAUGGAAAUCGUAUAGAUAUGGGGUUUAAAUGUAAAAAAUCAAAACAAACAAACAAAAAAAC